UCCCAAACCAAACCCCACCCAGCAGGAAGGACGGCGCACAGCUGACACCUAAGGCGUCAACAGAAAACCCAAAUACUAGUAAAUACUGUUGAAGUACUACUGACUACUACUGUGUGCUAUCGCAUACUCCUGCUGCUCCCCCGGGCCAGAAGACCGCCGCUCCCCGCCGGAUCCAGCCCGCUGCCCGCUGACUGUCCGGCUGUCACCGUGACAGCUCCCAGCCCUCCGCUGCACCUAGCCUAGCUACCUAGCCUUCUAGCCUAGCCACCUUGCUACCUAGCCUAGCCACUUAGCCGCUAGCUCCGCAUCAUCCGGCCCAGAGAUGAUCGCGCUGAUCAACAAGCUGCUGGACUGGUUCAAGGCGCUGUUCUGGAAGGAGGAGAUGGAGCUGACCCUCGUGGGCCUGCAGUACUCCGGGAAGACCACCUUCGUCAACGUGAUCGCGUCUGGUCAGUUCAGUGAAGACAUGAUUCCCACCGUGGGCUUCAACAUGAGGAAGAUCACCAAGGGCAACGUGACCAUAAAGCUGUGGGAUAUCGGAGGUCAGCCCCGCUUCAGGAGCAUGUGGGAGCGCUACUGUCGUGGUGUCAGUGCUAUCGUCUACAUGGUGGACGCUGCGGACCCAGAGAAGAUCGAAGCGUCCAAGAACGAGCUCCACAACCUGCUGGACAAACCCCAGCUCCAGGGCAUCCCUGUUCUGGUUCUGGGUAAUAAGAGAGACCUUCAGGGAGCUUUGGAUGAGAAGGAGCUCAUCGAGAGGAUGAACCUGUCAGCCAUUCAGGACCGGGAGAUCUGCUGUUACUCCAUCUCCUGCAAGGAGAAAGACAACAUCGACAUCACUCUCCAGUGGCUGAUCCAACAUUCUAGAACCAAGAGGAGUUCCUGAAAUAGCCACGCCCACCUGAGUGACCAACAUAGCCACGCCCCUCUCCCUCCCACACACACACACACACAUUGACCACUCUGUCUGCUUCUACCGCCUAACUCCACCUCUCUCCCCCCACCCACCCCUCCUCUGCUCUGUCCCUCCACCCGUCCCCCAGUCCUCCGUCUGUCUGUCUGUCCGUCCCCCCCAUGAGGAUGAGGGCGGUGUUAAAUCUUUUUAUUGCACUGUUGGUUUUGUUUUGUAAGAUAAUGAUGAUGAUGAUAAUAAUAAUAAUGUUAAUAACCUUCAUAUUGUGAGAUCAUGUGCUCUCUCCAGAUUUAAGGAAGUGGUACUUUAACUGGAAAAUAUUUCUCAUUCUGUUUAUAUUUCUGUAAUAAGCUUUAUUUCUUAUGCUUUUUUAUUGUUUUUUUUUUAUUGUUUUACCAUGAAAGACAACUCUGGACUAUAUAUCCCAGAAUUCAGUGUUUUCUAGUUUGAGUUGUUAGCUGAUUGGACCAGGUGGGUCAUGUGAUUUGAGUCCAGGGCUUCUCCGCAGAGUUAAACUUAAGACCUGAUGGUUGCCCAGCAUUGCCCAGCCGUGCUAGCACCCGCUCAACUCCAUUGCCUUAGCAUUCAGCUAGCUAGUGAGCUAGCCCCCUGCUACAGCCAUCACAGGAUUGUUUGGCUUUUAGCGUUACACUUUAUUUAAGUUAUGCGUGUAAUUAUUAUCCCAGAUUAUCGCCACAGCUUCAUACAAGGCCCUGUUUAUAGUCCUCAUACUUUAAGAGAUGGAAACCAUACCAGUCUGGACUGGUCACAAACCGGUAUUUAUUAGUCACAAACCGGUCUGGACUGGUCACAAACCGAUCUUUAUUAGUCAUACACCGGUCUGGACUGGCCACAAACCGGUUUUUAUUGGUCACAUACCGGUCUGUACUGGUUACAAGCCGGUCUGUACUGGUUUAACUGUAGGUCUUCACCAUUCUCCACUGAUCCAGACCAGUCUGUCUGUACUGGUCUGAAACAGUAUAUUGGUGCCAUCUGGUGACCCAGCAUGGAGCGUCUGAUCUGCUCUUCAGCUUGAUGUCUAUUGGUCGAUUGGUUAUUAGUGAUCUCCAAUCACUGAAAAGAAGCGGAGUCCAACAGGAAGAGGUCCAGGAGAGCUUCUCUUGGUCCAACAAAGGGUGAAGAGCCGUUGUACCGUCAGUACUCUGUCUUGGCAGGGUUUUGGCUUCGCUCUCUGGCGUGAACUGGCUUCUGCUGGUUUCAGCUAGAUUGUACUGCUUGGUGGUUUUGACUGUUCUGUACUGGAGUGUGGUUGUUGGACUGGUCUGGAGGAGCCUGUGUCUUGCGUUUAGUUUAGUUUGCAUGCUGAUGGAAGAGGUGUUGAAGUAAAGGUUUAAAAUGUUCAAAUUAUUUCAACCUGCAGUAGUACCACGGUGGUACUACAGAACUACAACAUGCAGUUCUAGUGGGUCUGUGGACAGCGAUUUUAAGCAGCACGUUGUGAAGGAAGUGUAACGGAUGUUUUACUACUCCAGAUCAUCAUGUGAUUCACUGACCAAUGAUCUGCCCUCAACCAGUCUCCAGACCCGCCCCCUCCUAGACGGCCAAUCGUAUCAGGUUCCAUCUUGUCGGCCUGGAUUCUAAUAGAAUGACAUCACGUGCCCUCUAUUUCGUGCACCAAUUGUGCUGGACUAGGGGCAUCCAUUUGAGCAGGGGGCGGGGCCUAUUGGAAUGCCACCCUGAAAUUGGUCCGGACACUAAUGACGUCACCAAUGAUAAUUAAAGGCAGAGGACUGGUUCAGGGCGGUGUGGGCGGCCUCAUGGCUCAGAGCCACAGCCGGUUUCAGCCCGUUUGUACAUGAUUGUUUUGAUUCAGUUAAUGUGUUUUAAUAGAAACAUGCUUGUCUAUGAUACUAAUAAAUAUGAUGAAGAACAUGUGAU